GAUUAUUUCAUUCAUUCUGCUUUAGGAUGUGUUAUUUUAGUGUUCCCUUUAUUUUUUGGAGCAGUGUAUAUUGAAUUAACACAUUAUCAUUGUAUUAAGUGUGAUAAUCGUUGUCAUAAUUUUUCCUCUGAGGAAUAUUUAGAAUGAUAAAAGGAAUUUGACAAAGUUUAAAAACCAACUUCAAAUGGUUUGACUGUGUCUCUGUCUUUUUUCUCCUCCAGAGCAGGGAGGGUUACGACCUGCUGGGCUGCACACAGAACACUGAGAUGUCUACAGAGCAGUUGGAGUCGUAUGUCAACAGUCAGUUUGAUGACCUCUACCGGCUGGUUCGUUUGGAGGAGAAGAGGACCAUCCACCUGGUUGACCUGAAGGAAGCAUUCCUGACUGCCGCCGCCGCUGAGAAUAUUGCUGAGAUCACCGUCCACACCAAGCAGCUCCAGGAGGAGAUAGCCUGCAUCACACAGCAGCUGGGCCAGCUGGACAAGGCCGGGGCACAGCCUGGGGCCGCAAUAGCAGCCCUAGUUCAGGGAGGAGCACCUGGCCCGAGCCCCAGACCAGCGCAGCGCAGAAUUGAGGCCAGGCCAAGGACCUGAGCCCUAGGACCAUGCCUCAUGACUACCCGGCUUGAU